GACCAUAUCCAUGGGCUCUAUAUAACAUGGUCGCUUAUUAUUGAUUCCGAAGUGCAAUCUUAUUUCUUCUGCACCAAUUGCACCAUAGAUACUACAAUGUUCUGCAUCACAAAUCAGAAAAAUUUGUUCUUUGAAAGGCGCACAGACUAUUAGAUGCGAAGGGUGUAUGAAAUUUUUGUUAAUUAGAUCAUUUCUCUUUAGAUUUUUCAUUUUUAUAAAGUCAUAGCUAGGCAUAGAGUACAAGGCUAAAAUAAAGCAAUAAUACCGUUUUUGCAGUGGUUUAUAAUAAGCAAUGAAGCUUGUACAAAGUUCUGGGGAAAUUCCUGAACUUAAGAAAUCUAAUGUUCACAUAAAAAAUGAAAAAGAGCUGAUUCAGAAAGUGAAUAAGAUAAUUAAUGAUGGUAAUAAAAAGCUACAGAUUGUGACCGACUUUGACCACACUCUUACAAGACACACUAUGGAUGAUGGCAGCAUGGUUCUCACAAGUUUUGGUAUGUUUAGAGAAUGUCCAUCAAUACCUCAGGAAUAUAAAGAUGAAGACGUCCGCCUAUGGGCUCAGUACAAGCCGAUUGAGGAUGACCCCAAUAUGACCAUUAAAGAAAAAACCCAGCACAUGAUUGAAUGGUACAUUGCUUCUAAUAAUAUGCUUAAAGACGUCGUUUUCCCUCGAAAUGAAUUGACGGAUGUUGGCAAAACUAUGGUCGAUUGCUUUAGGAAAGGAGUGAAGGACAUGAUAACUUGGAGUGAGACACAGCAAGUGCCUGUCUUGGUGUUCUCGGCGGGACUAGGGGAGUCUGUGCUCGCUGCUAUGAAGGCUGCCAACUUCCUUCUGCCACAUGUCAAGGUGGUCUCCAAUUUUCUGGAUACAGACAGCCAUGACAAGAUCACGGGCAUAAAGGGCGAGGUAAUACAUUGUUACAACAAAAACGAGACUGUAAUAAAACACACGGAAUACUACGAAAUGGUCAAAGACAGAAACAACGUGAUCCUUAUGGGCGAUAAUUUAGGUGACGCGGGCAUGGCCGAGGGCAUGGAACACUGCGAUGUAGUUAUUAAGGUGGGAUUCCUAGGAGACAACGUCGAGGGAAACCUAAACAACUACCUCAACACUUUUGAUAUAGUACUAGUACGUGAACCUUCAGUGGAUGUAGUUAAUGCCAUAUUGAAAUUAGUGCUGUGAUUUUUAUUAGUCGUGAUUUAAUUGUAUUGCACCUGUCAGUGUACUUUACACUGUUUUUAUUUUUGUACAAAAUGUAAGCGUCAUUUAAUGCAUCGCGGACUGCAGCACACUGGUUGCACUAGCAGUUGCCAAUUGUGAUACAAUUGCGCCAACUGCAUUCCAACGGGUAUUUUGCAGUUGAAAUGCAACAAGUAUGAUUACACCCUUAUGUUUACGUUAUGUAAACAAACGGGUAAACGUCAUAAUGGCUAUUUUAUCGUUUUAACAUGACACUGUUGGAUUAUUUUUCUUUUAAAUGUUAUUUGUUCUAAAACUAUUAUAUUAUUUAUUAUUAUAUUAUGUUAAAUAUUAGUGAUUCUUUUCCGUCUGAGAGAUAUAUUAUGGUAUUAGUAAAUUUUUAUAGGGAACAUUCAUAAACUGUUUUACGUCUUCUACUAAUGCUAAUCUGUUUGUAACGAAGACAAGAACUCUUGAGAGAUGAUGUGCUAAGUACGUUAUUUUAACGCAUUCACUGCCGGCAACGCACAUAAUUCGUUCACCUGACUUACACCUACUGCCUUGCUACGUGCCUUGAACGCUACUGUGAGUUCAUACAUUUCGAAAACUUCGCCCAGUGCCGUCAAUGUAUGUACAUACGAGUCAUACGUUACGUUUUCAUCCGUUUAAUUUUGCAAGGGUUUGCAUAACUGAAAAUAUAUUCAAACGUAAACAUAACUAUAUAAAACUAAAACAUUCAUUUACAGGUUUAUAAUUUAUUUUUAUUACGAACAAGUAAAUAAAAAUUAUGGAAUCCCUCUUUUUAGGGUAUAUAGGCCGUCGGAGUAAGCUUAUUCUAGCGUGGACAGUAAAACACCUUAACUUCAAAACGGCGUAACGACUAAAUCUAGAUUUUUUUGCGACUAGAACCGACUAUCACUUUUUUCUGGCUAGUCAAAUUUCAAAAACUCGACACCCGUUUGAGGCACUUGGCGAAAGUUCGAGAAACGAUGCUGGCAGUUGCAGCUGUAAGUCGCACAAAGCGCAUAGUAAUGUUUAUUUU